AUGGUCCUAACGCAUGUUAUAAACAUCAUGGUCGAGUUCACACACCGUGCAGAAGGAUGCAUCUACAAUUUGUGUCGGAUCAUCGAAUUCUCGAAGGAGUUGAAGACGCUCAGAGCGGACUUCUUUGAGCUGCAUUGUAAAUAUAAAAAGUGAGUGAUGUAAAUCAUCGUAUUUUACAAAUUUGAAAUUUUUUUUUGAUUUGGCAAGAUGUAUAUUAUUUUGAAGCUAGUGAAAUUAUGAGUUGAAAUGUAAUUUUUGAACAGUUUUUGAUUUAUAGCCUAAGGGCAUUUGGAUUUUUUUUCUGGAAAAAAAUUUUUUUUUACAAAAUUUCUUUCAUUUUUAUAUGGCAAGUUGUACAUCAAGUUGAAGCUGAUGGAAUUCUGAGUCGAAUAAUAAUUUUUUGUCUGUAGCCUGAGGGCAUUUGCACCGAGAAAUUCAAAAAAAUCGAAAUUUUUUGAGGGAAAAUCGGAUUUCUAUCGAAAUUUUGAAAAUUUAAAAGUUAUUUUUGGAUUUGUUGAUGGAAAAUACGAUUAAUAGAUGGUUGAAUCUAAUUUACCAACUAAAACUUUCGUUUCAGUGAGCUAAAAGCCGGUAAAUCAACCUUACAUACGACCACCAAGCAAUUAUACGAAGAUUACGGGGACCUCCUGACUGGAAAAGACAUAUCCGAACCAAAAUUUACGCUAUUUCCUGCCUUACCCAUUGAGAUUCAAUAUCAAAUACUGUAAGCCGAAAUUUGCAACAGAUUGAUCGUAUUUUAGUGAGAAAAUCCCGACCUCCUCCUUAUUGUACUGCCGAUUAUGCUCGCAGCAUCUGAAUUCGUUGACGAAAACCGUGUUCCGCCAUCGGAAACGAAAAGCGAGCGACGAAUUGGUCAAGUAUUUGAAGACAACCCGGAUUACCGACAAGUGUUUUGGAAGGAAUACGGUAGGUUUUGGGUCUCAAAGCGAAUACUUGGCAUUGUGUUAUAAGAGGCGAAAUGGUUUGAUUAGUUGGUAUUAUCGUAUUUUUAGAAUAGAGUUUAGUGAUAAAAUACUUGGUGCUUCGUAUUUUACAAUUUUAUUUUUUUGGGUCCCACCACGAAAAUUUGGCAUUCUGUUUUUUGGCCCUACUUCGAUUAUAAAUUGUACUUUGAGACAAUGUGGGAUAAUCUUAGUGGGGUUGCAAUCUAUUGGUAACGUAUUUUACAUCAUGUUGCACCAGUUUUUGGGUCCCACCACGAAAACUUGGCACCGCGAUUUUGGCUUAUAUUUUGAUCAGAGAUGGAGUUUAGUGUAAUUUUAGCGCAUUUUAAAUGAUGUACGAUUAUGAACAGCGUGUUUUAAAAAGUUUUGUUGUAAAAAUUCUUUGGCAUUUCGUUACAAACGAUUGGUUUUCCAGAUUCCCUACGCGGAAUGGCCAGUGGGCAUCCUCCGACGGGCCAAAUGGAUCCGUCCCAAAAGUUCCGACGCCUGCGUUACGAUGCCUCUAAAAAAGUUGGCCCGAAUUUUGAAAUGUUUCGAAUUCUCGGAAAAGCAGCUAAAACAACUAAACCCAGAUCAAUUUAAGCUGAUUUCUGUACAAAAUGGUGUUUAA